AUGGCCGAUGUUGAAAGCAGCCCAGAUGGCUCGACCGGAGGCCACGACGACGUCGAGAAGGCGGCGUUUCAGCAUGUCGAGCAGGUCCACACCAACGAGCGUGUACCCGGCCAUGGCAAUUACUACGAAAAAGACGGUCUACGAACAUACGGUGAUGGCGAAGACCACGACCACGAGCCGCCGAUGACCUUCAGGCGUGCGAUGAGUCUGCUCGCCAUGGCCUUGCAGUCCGCAGUCUGGACUGGCAGUCAAAUCCCAGUCUACCUCUUCGGCGGCGUCCCACCUUACAUCUACGGCGACAUAGGCGGCACAGACCGAUGGAUCUGGUUCGUGCUCGCCAAUCUCCUCUCCCUCGCAGCCAUCUGCCCCUUCGUCGGCUCCAUUUCAGAUCUCAUCGGCCGCCGCUACGUCGCCAUCAUCGGCGCCAUCUUCCUCGUCAUCGGCAACAUCAUCUGCUCCACGGCCAAAACCAUGAAUAUCUUCAUCGGCGGCAUGGUCUUCGCUGGUAUCGGCGCCGGCAUCAACGAACUGACUGCUCUGGCUGUGACCGCUGAGCUGGCUCCGACGGCUAAGCGCGGCAAAUACGUCGCCAUUCUGAUCUUCACCAUCAUCCCCUUCUGCCCGUCUGUGCUUUGGGGACAGCUUAUCGCGUCCAGGUACAGCUGGCGCUACAUCGGUGCUCUUUGCGGUGCCUACAAUUUCGUCGGUCUCAUGCUCACGGCCGUCUUCUACUUCCCACCGCCACGUGUGAACAGCCAAGGUUUGACCAGCAGCCAAAUUCUACGCCAGAUCGACUGGGUUGGUGGUGCUUUGAGCAUCCCGGGCAUGCUCCUCUUCAUGAUGGGCAUGCAAUGGGGCGGCUACCAAUACCCCUGGUCCAGCGCCCACGUCCUCGUCCCUCUUAUCCUCGGCGCCGUGCUCAUCAUCGGCUUCUUCGUCUGGGAAAGCUACGGAGCAACCUAUCCCAUGUUUCCCAAGCGCAUUCGCCAGGAUCCACGAAUCCUCGGUCUUACACUGGUCAUCACCUUCAUCAGCGGAGCCAACUUCUUCUCCAUCUUGAUGUUCUGGCCCACGCAGGCUUUCAAUGUCUACGGCCAUGAUCCCGUUGGUGUUGGCCUUCGUGGAUUGCCAGUCGGGUUCUCGAUUCUAGCUGGUUGCUGUAUCGUGCUCUGGGCACUCUCCGUGCUUCGAGGGCACAACAAGCUGCUUCUGAUCGCCUCCAGUGUCAUCAUGACCGCUGGCUGUGGUGCGCUCGCGAUCGGUCGUGUAGACAAUCUCUACAAACUCUGGGGUAUUCUCGUCCUCGCUGGUCUCGGCAUCGGCGGUAUCGUCGUUCCUGCCUCAAUCAUUACCACGAUCAUCUGCCCAGACGAUCUCAUCGCCACCAUGACGGCCCUCACCUUGGCCAUCCGCGUCAUCGGCGGCUCCAUCGGCUACUGCGUCUACUACAACGUCUUCAUCUCGAAAUUCGUCCCAGCAGCAACAUACUACAUCGGUGGCGCCAUGGAGUUGAAACUCAACAUCACCUCCGUUGCAGUCAUAACCGAGGCCAUCCAAAUCACCGGCGCCUCGCUUCUCCCCGCAUUGCAAGAACUCGAAGGUAUCAAGGGCGUUCCAGGAGCGUACGAACUCGUGGUCUAUGCCGGUCAGCUGGCGUACGCCGAGGCGUACAAGUACGUGUACUACGUCUCUAUCGCGUUCGGAGCUGUGAGCAUUGUGGCGGCGUGCUUCUUGGGUGAUAUUGGGAAGUAUAUGGAUGACCAUGUUGCUGUUGUCAUGCACUGA